GGUGAGAGAGAGGGAGAGCAAGGGAGAGAAAGCGCGCAAUAGAGGGAGACCGUACCCACUAUAGCAUCGGUGUGUGACAGCUGGUGCCUGAUAACACUGAUAUUGAGCUCCUUCAGUGGAGAACUUGCUGAGCUACCCUUUUUACAUUUGCAAGAGGAUGACAGCUCUAAGCCAGUGCAACUGAUGACAGACCGGAUCUUGGAAUAGUUCGUUUCACUUACAAUUACAUCUCUCAUGUUCUGCUUCUCUGAAGAAAGGCUUAUUACGGAAGACAAAAAUUCAUUCUCUCCCCUUAUCUCACGUAUUAUUGAUGAUAUACAGAGUUUGAUCUUCCAGUGAAAGCUACUGAUUUAUCAGGCUUUUGGUAUCUUCAGUGGAGGCUUGCAAGACUGUUUGGUGGAAAAACAUAUUUCUAAGGUCUUGGUUAGUCAUCAAGCUACAAAACAUAUUCAAGACCAGAAGACAAAAAGGCGGCUGAAGUAGUAAUUCUCCUGAAGAACUAAGAUAUUGAUGACUUUGAGGACUUGAGCACACACAGAAAUGACAAGUAAAACAGCUCUACAGGCAGGUGUAAUUCUGGAGAUGAGAAUGAUGACAUUAAAUUGAAAUAGCAGCUAAAGAGGCAGUAGGCUUGAUUUGACAAGUCAUUUGAAAAAGGAGGAGUGGAGAAGUGCCCUACGAUCACUGAACAAUAGAAAAUGGUCAGCUGCGGAACUCUAUUGUGAAGACCUCAGAAGAAAUACCAAAUUUUCCGGUCAGCUUUUCAUGAUGUAAAUACAAUUUGAGCUUUCCCAAAUGGGCAGCUAAACCAUGAACAAGGAGAAAAACCCAUUUUGGACUGUAUUUCUGAAGCAGACUUCACCUUCUCUCUUGGGAGCUUACUGAAGGAUUACAGCUGAAAAGGACAAGAUAAAGAAAACCUUGGACAGGAAUCUUAUCCUACAAUGAGAAUUACAAGUACAUCUUGUAUCUGCCCAGUCCUAGUUUGUCUCUGUUUUGUGCAGAGGUGUUAUGGAGCUGCUCACCAUGGCUCCAUCAAGGUGACCAGAAAUCAAACCAAACACAUAGAAGGCGAAACAGAAGUGCAUCAUCGUCCAAAGCGUGGAUGGGUAUGGAAUCAGUUCUUUGUUUUAGAAGAACACAUGGGACCAGAUCCUCAGUAUGUAGGAAAGCUGCAUUCCAAUUCUGACAAAGGUGAUGGAUCAGUCAAAUACAUUCUUACUGGAGAAGGGGCGGGAACUAUAUUUAUUAUUGAUGACACAACUGGAGACAUCCAUUCAACCAAAAGCCUAGAUCGAGAGCAGAAGACACACUAUGUACUUCAUGCCCAGGCUAUUGAUAGACGGACAAACAAGCCACUCGAGCCUGAAUCUGAGUUCAUUAUCAAAGUGCAGGAUAUCAACGACAAUGCACCAAAAUUUACAGAUGGACCAUACAUUGUUACUGUGCCAGAGAUGUCUGAAAUGGGUACAUCUGUUCUGCAGGUGACAGCCACAGAUGCAGAUGACCCCACAUAUGGAAACAGUGCCAGAGUUGUGUACAGUAUUCUUCAGGGACAGCCAUAUUUUUCUGUUGACCCCAAAACAGGAGUCAUCAGGACUGCCUUGCACAACAUGGACAGGGAAGCCAGAGAGCAUUAUUCCGUUGUCAUUCAAGCCAAAGAUAUGGCUGGGCAGGUCGGAGGGCUGUCAGGGUCAACAACAGUAAAUAUCACACUCACAGAUGUCAACGACAAUCCACCCAGGUUUCCUCAGAAACAUUAUCAGCUGUAUGUUCCUGAGUCGGCUCAAGUUGGAUCAGCAGUUGGCAAAAUAAAAGCAAAUGAUGCAGACACUGGUUCAAAUGCAGACAUGAAGUACACAAUUAUUAAUGGCGAUGGCUCUGGGGUAUUCUCCAUCUCUACUGACAAAGAAACAAGGGAAGGAAUUCUCUCUCUGAAGAAGCCACUCAACUAUGAAAAGAAGAAAUCAUAUACACUUAAUAUAGAAGGAGCAAAUACUCACCUUGAUUUUCGAUUUUCGCACUUGGGACCAUUCAAAGACGUAACAAUGCUGAAGAUCAUCGUUGGUGACGUGGAUGAACCCCCGCUCUUCACUAUGCCUUCCUAUGUCAUGGAAGUUUAUGAAAAUGCAAAGAUUGGGACACCUGUUGGCACAGUAACGGCCCAUGAUCCUGAUGCUGCAAACAGUUUAGUGAGAUAUUUCAUUGAUCAUAACACAGAAGAGGAUAGGUAUUUCACCAUUGAUGCUAGUACUGGGACCAUUAAGACUGCCAAGAUCUUUGACAGAGAGGAGACACCUUGGUACAACAUCACAGUGGCUGCUUCUGAGAUAGACAAUCCUGGGCUAGUGAGCCACGUUCCAGUUGGUGUUAGAAUCCUGGAUGUCAAUGACAAUCCUCCUGAACUUGCCAGAGAUUAUGAUGUAGUUGUCUGUGAAAAUACAAAGCCUGGUCAGGUAAUUCAGACUAUCACUGCUACUGACAAAGAUAACUCCGCAAAUGGUGCAAGAUUCCAUUUUUCUCUUGAUGAUGGGCUUUCUUUGAAUCCCAACUUUACUCUAAGGAACAAUGAAGAUAAUACAGCCAGUAUUCUGACAAGACGAAGGAGAUACAGUCGAACCACUCAAGAUACUUAUUACCUCCCAGUUUUGAUUUCUGAUGGCGGCGUGCCCCCUCUCAGCAGCAGCAGUACCCUCACCAUCCGGGUCUGUGCCUGUGAGAGAGACGGACGAGUGAGAACUUGCCAUGCUGAAGCUUUCCUCUCCUCGGCUGGCUUGAGCACAGGAGCUUUAAUCGCCAUCCUGCUCUGCAUUGUCAUUCUUCUUGUUUUCUCUUUAGCAAUUGUGGUCCUUUUCAUCACCCUAAGACGUAGCAAGAAGGAGCCUUUGAUCAUUUCAGAAGAAGAUGUCCGGGAAAAUGUCGUGACAUAUGAUGAUGAGGGAGGUGGAGAAGAAGACACAGAAGCAUUUGACAUCACAGCACUGCGGAAUCCGUCUGCUGCUGAAGAGCUAAAAUACCGGAGGGAUGUUCGUCCUGAAGUGAAGCCUCUGUCCAGGCAUCAUCCCUCCUCAAGCCUUGACAGUAUAGAUGUUCAGGAGUUCAUUAAACAAAGACUGGCAGAGGCUGAUCUGGACCCCAGCGUGCCCCCGUAUGACUCCCUGCAGACAUAUGCCUACGAGGGUCAUAGAUCAGAAGCUGGGUCUAUCAGCUCUCUGGAUUCAGCAACGACACACUCUGACCAGGAUUAUAAUUACCUUGGAGACUGGGGACCUGAGUUCAAGAAGCUAGCUGAACUCUAUGGGGAAAUAGAACCAGAAAGAACAACUUAGUUGUAACUCCCAGAACAGAGAAAUUCCUAAACAACUGGACAGAUAAUGACAACAAUGGUAACAAAAAAAGUGAAUACAGUACUUGGAACUGAGUAAGUUGUAUGCAGUUACUGUAGAACAAGUGCCCUUUUCAUAUUUGAAACUGGGUUCUCCAAUUGGAAGAAAGUCAAAUUUUGGAAAAUACAGAAAAAAGAAUCUAUUGUCCCUUGUGUAUUUUUUUUUUUUUUUUAAUUGCUGAUUAAAGUUUCUGGUAACUUAUCUGCAACAAUACCUAAAGUAAAGCCAAGAAUUGACAUUUUUAUUGCAAUAUUCGUAACAGCUCCAAGCUGCAGUAAGUUUGUGGUCAUGUCUGUUUAAGAAGAGAGCUAACAGAGGAUCAAAUCUCUUGCAGGUGGUUGUGAUGUUGCAUUUCUAGCUGUGUUCUAGGCCUUGUUUACUAUCAGUGUGAGAAGUGCUACCAGUCUGUUUCCUUUACAGAGGUGAUAAGCCACACCUGUCCUCUUAAAUAAAUGGUCCUUUGAUAAUUUAAUCUUAUUGACUGAGCAGGUUGCAUUGACAAGAUGUCACUUCAUUAUGUCCUUCAUAAUCUUGUCAUCCAUAACCAGCUAACAGAUGGAGGGCAUCAUUACCUGUAGCUCAAACACAGCUCUAGUCCAUAACCCCAGAUCUGUUCUGUUACUGCGUGCUAGAGGAACUGUUGUUUCCAGUGUUGUGCUUUUUAUUUUUGUCUUUACAUGGGAACACCAUUCAUCUAAAUGGAAUAGGCCCAAAGUACUCUUUAUGCAGAGAAGCAGUUGAAGCAUAGGCUUUUCCAAUAAAAACAAUGGCAACACCAUUAAACUAUGCAGUUUUUUGGCUCACUGUGCUUCACUUAAUGUCAAGAGCUGAAGCUUUUUAAAUAUUUUGCUAGUCUGAAUCCAGAAGCUACAACAGUCUAUUUAAAACCCAGAGUUCUUAAUCAUAAUGUUUUUUCUAUUUCCAUGUGUGAUUAAAGGCAAAAUAGAGCUGCUGGUAAGACAUUGGGAUACCAAAAAUUGAAGCAAAGAUAAUAAGAUGAUGGUGCUUUUUUCUUUUAAGUUCAACCUGCUGAUAUUUAUUUCUCUUAGAGUAAUUGCCACCUCAGCAGAACAAGAUGGUUUUUCCCUAUUUCAAGCAUCAUGGAAACAGAGCUUUUUAAGUCACUGAAGGAAAUAUACCACUACUGUGGUUCCUAUGGAUUAAGUAAAUUGAUUUCUUACAUUAGUAACUUCAUAGCAUUGCAGAACUGAUAGUUCUUAACAUAGCAGGCUGCUUAACACCUAAUCCAGCUUUUUUUUUUCUUCUUUUUUUUUAGCUUUGCAGCAGCAGAACUGCUAAACAGUUCUGCUUAACAUAGCAGCCUACUUAGCACCUCAUCUAGCAGAUUCUGAUUUUUCCUUUCCUUUGUUUGAAAUGUUAACUUUGUCUUUCUGACGGCCAGGAAGUCAUAAUAUCCCAUGAGAGAUUAUGACCUAUAAUACUCACAAUCACUAUUAACAGUCUUCUGCUUUCAAUUGUAUCUCCACUUUAGGGAAAUGUACUUCUUCUAGUAUGCAUUUGAUUGGAAAACUGUCCAGACUAGAAUCUGUGUACUUUUUUCUUACUCUCCAGCUGGGUGUGCAGAGUCAUACAGAUUUGUAUGAUGCAUAGAUUCCUCCCACUGCAUUUUAGGUGCCGCUUACAUUCAGCUUAGUAAAGAAGGGUCUAUAUUUAUUGCUGAUCUACUGUGAGCCAUAUAGGUGAACUAGAUCAUUAAACCUUUUCUUUACUCUGUGGUUGAAUAGGUCCUAGACAUGACUGAAUUUACUUUGAGAAUUUUUUUUUUCCCCCGGAGAUGUAGUUGACUGCUUUUGGUUUAAACAGCCUUCUGGAAAAAAUAGCAAGUAGCUUUGUAAGCAACUUUUACACUGUAAAAAGUAUUAGUUGCACUGUAGUUCCAGAAUUGUUUUAUAGAACGCUAUUUUGUUUAAAAUUUCUAAUGUUUCUUCUGUCUUUCAGAAUCUGAACCCACAGGGAUAUUCAGUAGGGAAAAACACCUGAACCCUAAGAUACUCUGCUGAUGACUUGAAAGUAGUUUAAUAAUUUAAUUUUUUUAUACUUUUUAUGAAAUACAGAAUCUUUUAGAAAAGCAUUUAAGAAGGCAUUCUUACUGUAGCAUGAAUUUAGAUGCAGUAAGAGUUGCACAGAAGCUGAGAAUUGUUGUCUUUUAUUGUCAUUUUUGAGGGGAGAACUAGGAUGUUUCAGUUUUGUCCCAAAUAAAGCAAUUAGUAGUGUGCAAUUUUAUUAGGAGGAAGUUUCUAUUUAUUUAGGUCACACUUGCUUUAUGCAAACAUCUAAAUUUUUGUACUGCAUAAGUAGUGUGUUAAAAACCAAAAUGUUUCAGCAUUACUACUACCAUAAUACUUUGUAUCACAGCUGCAUGAAAAUUGCAUUCAUUGUUGUAUUAUAGUUUUGAGAACUGGGUAUUAGUUAUCUUUAUGUCUAUUCCCUCUGGCCCUACACCAAAACAGGGAAAAUCAAUUGUAUUUUUUGUUUUAAGCAGUGUUCAUGCCAUUGUUUUUUCUUAUUUACAUCACAGAACAUUCAGGCUUAAAGGCAACAGAAGUGCAGUGACACAAACAACUAAUCACUCCUUAUGCUAAUGGUCAGUUCAAGUCAAUAAUAUCUCAGAGAAAUAAUAAUCCCCUUUUUUGACAUUCCUGGUGCUCUCUUUGCUGCUAUACAGCACAUGCGUUGUACCCCAGGAUACCUGAAUCCUUGAAAACUCUGCAGGGUUAUUGAGACGCUGCUUCUGUGAUGCUGCAGUGUGUCCUAUUUGUUACAUCCUUUCCACAGUGAUCACCAGAUGUGCUUUUCUAUCAUGGUAUGUCUGCAUGCUUGCUAU